AUGCUCCUGGUUCAUAAUAUUGACAUCAAAAUUUGGAAUGUCUUGUUUUCCUAUCUAUUCUGGCCUUUAUCCAUUGCCUUUUGUGGAGUAUCGGUUUUCACAUCAACUGCCCUGAGUGUGGAUAGACUUCUCGCCUUGUUUUUGGGGUUGAGGUACAGACACGUUGUAACACUGAAGCGAAUUCGUGCAGUUCUUGCCUGUGGUUGUUUAGCCCUUCUAUUGAUCAUGUCGGUUUGGUAUUUUCACGCAAAAACCGCCAGGAUUACAAUGCCAAUUUUCUGGACACUUUGUCUCAUUAUCUCGCUGUUCUCGUACACGAAGAUCGUCUUUAGACUUCGUCAACAUCAGUUCAGUGUACGAGACAAUGCCCAGCAAGGACAAGCGAACACAGGAGCAAUUUCAUUGAACUUAGAACGAUAUAAAAAAACUGUUGUAAGCGUAGCAUUAGUGCAGCUGGCAUUAUUUAUAUGCUAUUUUCCUUCUAGUACUGUCUUUAUUUUGAUUCAUUUGAAGGGUAUUCACCCUAGUAUUGAUUUUAUAUUAUUAGGUUAUUGUGUAAUUCUGGUUUUCCUAAACUCGUCUUUGAAUCCGUUUCUGUACUGCUGGAGGAUCAAAGAAAUACGACAAGCAGUGAAAGCGACAAUCAGAAGAGUUUGCACCUGUUUAAGUCAAGGAACAUCCACUGUAUCUACGAAUCAGUAAAAAUUGUUGUGUACGUGACAGCAGCUCAUCCUCUCUUGGUAAUAGCAGUGUCAACUGAAAACCAAUAACUGAAGCCAGUAACUUGAAAAAAAAUCAAUAAAAACCACCUUUCUUUAAAGGUUUAUCGAUAUUUGAGAUAAAAAGAUAAUAAAUAAAAAGUAACUUUUCCCCAUGUUUUAGCCAUCAGAAACAUAUUCCUCGUAUUAAAAAUAUGGGCCCAUUUUAUCAAAAGUGGUGUUUUUCAAACUUUUGGUUUCUUUACUGCUUAACGUUAAUCUGGUUUAUUAUGAAUUUGUGUUGGAUUUCAUUUUAUUAACCCUAUUCAGACCCUCCCCCACCCCCUCGAAGUUGAAUAACUUCAAAACCGUUCAAGUUAUGACCACCAAACUUAACAACUUUUCCUAGAAUUGAUCUGGACUGGAUAAUAGGCUCGAAAUAUGAUAAGGAGGGAAACAAACCAAUGUGUAAAUUAGAAAGUACUCAAUUCAAUAACGUGUACUUAGUGGUUCUGUGCUUUCCUGAUUCCUAGUCGAAUUGGAAUUUAAAGCAACCUCGUCCCCAGAGCUCUUUUCCUUGGCUUUGGAGGUUGUUUGUAAGAAGCGGGGAAAACCGGAGUACCCGACGAAAAACCUGGGAGCAAAAGAGAAAACCGAUAACAAAUUUAACCGACCCGUACAUGGCGUCGACGCCAGGAUUUGAACCCGGGCCACAUUGGUUGGAAGUGAGUGCUUUCACAACUCUCACCACCCAUACCCCUCCCAUAAAAUGGCGAUGGAUUUAGAACCUGCCCAACUAUAAGAUAGGUCGCAUUUUAUGGUAAACAUCGAUCGGAAAAGCAAAAUGAUAAAUAAAAUAAGAAUUUGUCGAUGUGAUAAGGUUGGUCCGUUGGUCUAGUUGAGGGAUUCUCGCUUAUGGUGCGAGAGGUCCCGGGUUCUACUCCAGGACAAGCCCCAACCUAUUCACCAUUUUCACAUAGACCAACUUGUUUAGCCCUCAAAAUGUUGCAUAACCCUUUUUCUUCGAUUUCUCUUGGGACGACCGCAAUACCCAGGAAAAAUUGGAAACAACAGUUAUGCAAAAUUUCGGUGGUUAAACAAGGUGCAUCAUGGGCCAUGUGAAUAAUUCACCACUUUAUUUUCGGUUUUUUUUAAUCUUUAUUUUUUCUAUCACUCUUCCUGCCGUAAGGAUCAGUUUACUGUUUAACGUUUAAAACUUGGUAUGUGAAAAUAGCGAAUUGUGAAUUUAAUUUUCAGGCGUUCACCUUUUUUUGUGGCUCGGGGGCUGCCUCUUCCUCUGGCACUUCGUUUUUCGUAAAGUGGCGAGCGAGAAAGGCGAGUAACACGCGAGUGACUGGUGACGAGACGUAAGGGACCAUGGGAAGGAGAAAAACGAGAAGCCCGAUUUCUACUCCCCGCCCUCCUUUGCGCCCAAAGUUUUAUCGAGAGAGAGACGUAUGGGUACGAGGCUGGCUCGAAGGUUUUUGGUUUUAAGUGGCUACACUAGAUUUUUUAUUGGCCUGAACCUUCCAAUGUUAAGCCAUAUAACUACGUUGCCUAUUAAAAGAUAUAGAAAACAAGAAGUCAACACAGCUUCAUCCGAAAAAAGAUACUAAAAUUUGUUAUUUGCAGUAUAGACUGCGAGCAGUCUCUUUUUUUCUUUAGAUUUAUUGAGGGAAGUGUCUCUCCCGUUUCGCGCCUUCAGUCACGCGCGUGGUCAUUUGCGUCUCUUGCCCGUUUUGCUCGACGAGCCGAUGCCCGCAGUCUGUUUGCUGUAAAAGAUCAAAAUCUCUGUGGCAAAAUCCGUUAAGUUAUAAAAGAAGGGUCGAUCGAUGGUUAGUCUUUGCCGCCUCAAUGGCAUGGGUCCCUAAAAUCUGCAGUCUACCUAAAGCUGCUGAAACUCAGGAAUUUACGGCUUCUCCCAAUAGUUACAUGUAUAUAAACACCGUAGACCUGCACCGCUCUAAACCGCUUAUUUCACUGGUCCCCUUUAAUCUGCACUUCCAUUGUUUUCAGGGACAGGGGCAUUAUUAUGUGACAAUCCCCAUUGUUUUCCUAGCUAAUUAAAAACAAUCUUUCAAAUAGUUACGGGAUCGUCCUAUAAACAACGCUAAGUAAAACAACAAGCUUGCAUGCAAACCAGAUUCUUGUUCUAGAUAACGAGGGAGUUAAAUACAACCAGAAAGUACCAGUCACUUGUCUGAAGUUAUUAAAAACUCAUUUGUGUCCUAAAAGCGAAGAAAAACAGAACAGAGAACUUUCAGGGCAAGAACUCUACGUAUACCAUUUGCGGUAGAGAACUGUAAAGUACUAUGCUGAGAUUGUACGUCAACCAAAACUGUUUGUUGAUUUAGACUUCCUACAAUUCCUUACUUGGAAAAGCGCUAACAGCAAGAAGCUGUUUCCGUUGAGGUUUGGCGUGAAAGCGUUUCACCGUUUCGGUAUGCGGGUACAUUUUCUCCUUCACAACUUAUCAAUCGGAUUCAUCCAAUCCGGUGAGCUUCCGUGAUUUUGAAAACACUUUUAAGACCACAUGCACGCACCCUGAGUGCUUCCGAUCCUUAUCGACCAAUCCCAGUAAAAUGAGAGUUUGGUGGCUGACAGUCUUUCACGGCUACGCUGCUCCUUUUUCUUUGAGCUUUUUCCCAGUCCCUUGGGUUUAAGUUCGUUUCGAUUGAAACUGAAAAUAAUAAUUAUUUUUUAAAUAUCUUUGUUUAUAUUUACUGUGACUUUUUGACAAUUUUUUGCCUUGAUAUAUAAUGUAUACUUACUGAUUACGUCCUUACGACCUUGGCGUUUGGGCGCCAUCAGUUCAAGCCAAAACGUGACGUCACCACACGAAGAGACCCACCCCUCAGCGUUUUUGGCGAAAUUUGUGUCGACAGCCAGCGCCUCGAGUCUGCCGACUGAGCUAACGGACCUUGGCGUUAUCAGCACCGCGCUCUGCCGACUGAGCUAACGGACCAAGCUCACGCCGUUUAGAAAUUUUGACCAGUAACUAUAUAAUCCACUGAUUGAAAUUCAAAUGAAAUGCACUUUAAGAAUAAUUGUAUUCUAAAAUUCGGUCAAAAUCUUCUAAUAGGCUCAACUCUUUUUCGGUUGUUUAGAUAUGGCAUUGGAGCUUAGAAUGAACAACGUCGGUGACGGCUACCUGCAAAGUUGUUGUUUUGCUAAUAUAAACCAAUUGGUUUUUUGCCGUUCUCGUUGCCGUCGCCGUCGUCGUUGCCUAAGCUCCCUUUUCUUUUACUGCGUGGGGAAGAGGGUGGAAGAGAAACGGAGUUUGGGCUUUCUUGUGGCUGUAUUUUACAAAUCCUUUUUUGACCAAGCUUGUUCGAUCGAGAUGCUUGGAUGUUGGCCUCGUUCUUUUUUGCGUUUUUAUUGUCCUCGACUGUGUUUGUCUCGCUCCAUAAAAAUGCAAUAAAAGAUUUGCCACUAUAAUUCAGCCAUCUUGACCUCACGCUUGUUCAAUAAUGCAUGCGCAUGUGGCAGCUUAACUCUCAGCAAAAUAACAUGUUUACUAAAACAGGUUUACCAACAAAAAUUGUUCAAAAAUGCCUUUUUUGUAUAGGGUCCAAGUAUUUAUAUGGAUUUUCCUUUGUACCAAUUUCUAGUCAACUAGACUGAAAAAUUUGACAUUGUUAGAUCGUUUUUAACAAGAGAGCUUUGAUGCGUAAAUGUAAAACUAGAGAGCCAAUCCGCCGUCGUGUUUCAUCAAACGUAGGCAAUUUCAAAAAAGAACGGCGCUUAACGAAAAAUAAAAAAAGAGAAAUUUAAUUGGUUUUUCACCCGAAGCGACGGCCGCAAAUGCAGUACAUCUAUGUUCGCACUGGAGAGAUCUAGGGAUGGUAGAGCUUUUACAUCUUGGUUCACGUGACCUAUCUCAUGCCAAAAUUUAUGGACACAAGUUUAAAAAAAUAUAUAUAGAUGGAAAGAGAAUUGAAAAUAUCAUAGGCCUAUCAAUUUUUAGGGUUUUCAUUUCUCAACAGCGAGACUUACUGACGGUUUAAAUAAUGAAUAAAUACAAUCUGUACCAGGGGAAACACCGCUCACGCGUGCGCCUUAAUUGCAAACUAGAAAAUAGGAAAUUUGCAUAUGUCACCUCUUGAGUGCAAAUCAACGCCUUCCCCGCAGCAUUUUCUCUUAUUACGUAGUGUAACUCAUCUAAAAAACUUAUUCCUGAUCACUUAUAGUUUUUACGUUUAUUUCUUUUAAGCGCGUAGUUGAAUUUAACAUCAUAGCGCAUGUAGUUCAUCUAACAAAUAGAUGGUUUUCCAAUUUCUUAAGAUCUCUUAAUAACUUCCUGUUUAGCUGGUAUUGUUCCCAAAUUAGAAUGUUGGGCAAGGUCGUGGACCCAGUAAGGUCAGUAAGGAAGCAAUUAAUUGAGGGAAAUUAAGGUCUGUAACCUGACAAAAUGUUAUCGAAGCAAUUCGAGGAAUAUCAAUAGAAUACAGUUGAAUAGAAUACAGUUGACCCCCGAUAACUCACUGCAAACUUUAUAAAUUAAGAGUGUAUCAAGAGCAGCUGGUCAUACCUUCCUUCCUUAGACGAAGAUAAGACGUUUCACUGACGUUUGCGCCUCCAUGAUUUAAACUCGAAAACAAUGACAAGUUCUGAAGAAGUGAACAUCACAACCACGCUGACCCAAGUAAUCCCACUGCAAACAGACGUGGCCGUAUUUCUGUCAGCUUUGAACAUCUUUCUUGCUAUCACAGCUUCCCUUGGCAAUGCCUUGAUCCUGAAUGUUCUCCCCAAAACUUCUCUUCACUCACCAACAAAACUGCUAAUUGGAAACUUAGCGGUGACUGAUCUCUGCGUUGGACUUAUAUCGCAGCCUCUUUUCGUAACAAUUCGGCUUAGCGCCAUUAUAAAGAUGGACUUAGAUAUCCAGUACUACCUUAUGAACAUUGCAAAUGCCUUCGAUUUCAUUUUGUGUGGAGUUUCCAUCCUCACCUUAAGUGCAAUAAGUGUCGAUAGACUUCUUGCUCUUUUGCUGGGAAUAAGAUACAGAACGAUUGUAAAUUUAAAGCACACUCGAGCUCUUCUGUCAUGUUUUUGGUUAAGUGGGAUUUCUGGUGUAUUACUGAGCUUGUUCACGAGCUUUAGCGUCGCUUCUAUAGUAGGCGUCAUUUUUGUAAUCAUUUCUACAGUCAUCUCGAUUUUUUGUUACACGAAGAUCUUUAUGACACUCAGACAAAACGAAACUCAAGUACAAAACCUAGGCCAGAGACGAAUGGGAAUGCCACCUAAUAUAGGGAGAUACAAAAAGACAGUUUGGAGCAUUGCUUGGGUGCAGUUGGCAUUAAUCGCAUGUUAUAUUCCUUUUAUUAUCUGUGCUAUAGUGAUGAAGAUAAAGGAUUCGAGUAGUACAACAGCGAACACUAUUUGGAUAUUUACAUUCAGUCUGAUUUACGUAAACUCUUCAUUGAACCCAAUUCUCUACUGUUGGCGGAUCAAAGACGCGAGACAAGAAGUGAAGGCCACGAUCAGAAGGUUUUGUUGCCGCUCAAGUUAAGUUGGACAGAUAGAACGACAGUAUUUUAAAGUGGCUAUGUCACGAGGAUAUUGCUGUUUUAGAUCAGUUCUGUGCUGAUCUUAUCACUAAGUGCCUUUAACCAUAUCCAAAAUGUUCCAUUAGAGCCGGAUUUAAUUUGAAGAUGUCAAAUAUAUUUCAUUGGGAAGCACUAACCAUAUAAAAUAUUUAUUUGAAUAACCGCCCUUGGCGCUUAAUAAUCUUUAAUUUGGACCAUGAGAGUGGGCGCUUAUUCGAAGUGGGCGUUUAUUCAAGGCUGUGCGCUUAUUAAAUUUUCACCGUUUUCAGCAAGCGUAGUAUGUUUAUUUUGCAACAAAACAAUAAAUGGUAAUAACGAAACGCGAAGAUGUAACAAAGCAAGGUUUCUGUAAACUUCCCCUACUCUGAAGAAAACUCCGUCUUCGGGGAAGUCUCUUUAUAUUAGUACUUAUUCAAUUUCAAUCUCAUGGCACCCAAGUGGUUGGGGUGAGGCUGGGCGAUCGAGGCUGGCCGCUUGUUAACUUUUUCUGCCUUUAGGAUGGGUGCUUAUUCGAGGUGGGCGCUAAUUCGAGGUUGGGCGCUUUUUCGAAUAAAUACGGUAGUUGUUUGGUUAGCCUGUACACAGAUGUUUUCCUUUCUUUUCGUUCAUUUCGAGUAGGGCAAAAUGUUGGCUUAGGGGAAGGGUGGGUGGGCAGUUUCCCAGAAACGUAAAAUGAUCCACAGUGGAUUAGUUUCAAUGCCUAAAUAUAGACUUAAAUAAGAAAACUGGGCUAUUAUUUUGGAAUAAAAAUGAUGCGAAGGCACGUUUAGGCUUAAAGAUAGCGAAUAGCGUGAUUUAUGCCCUUUAAAAAGACGUGUAUGGUUGAAAUAAAACGUUAUGUAAUAUCAGAUAUCCCCUAAAUCUAGUAUCAAGGUCAUUGUGAGGGUUUCCAGUAUAAUAUUCAAUAGCUUUUUAAAUUCUCUCUUUACGCACCGUUUAAAAACGAGCAGGAGUGUAUUAUCAGGUUUAAAAACUACGACUGCGAAUUUUCUUUUUUUUUUUUUUUUUUUUUUUUUUUACGGUGAGCGGCUUCAUAAUCUCUAUAGGUCAACUCAUUCUUGCACUAAUUAUUAGAUUUGGGUUAUUUCGGUCUAAAAACAAAACGUUAAAGUGAAGCCGGUACAUUCAGUUGUCCACUUUAUCAGAUAUACUACACUCAUAAACAUUAAUUUCUUCAUUUUUUUUAUGAAUCAUUAAAAAAUGAGUUUUUAUCUAGUUUUUGAACUAGUUAUAAAGCAUCAUAAAACAAACCUAUUAAAUUCAAAACGGACGCGUAUAUCUAAAAUAUUAGACACUAGCUUUAAAUUAAAGACGAGAGCGGUCAACGAAAAAAAUACCGGAGAAGGUGCAUUGAAUUUUAAAAGGCUAAUAUCUAAACAAUUUAAAUUGGCAAAGGACUUUGCAAUGUCAUCAACAUCUGCUACUUUAUUUGCUGUUUUGAAGGAACCUGGGAAUCAGGUUGCGAACAUCACAUUCCUGGGCGUUCCAAAUAUGACCAUCAGUGAAUUUCAUGCUUUCGUAUAUCUAUAUCUUUCUAUUUGUCUCCAUGCUUAUUGUUGUUAUUGUUACACUCCGUGGGUUCAGCGAAUAAAACGUUCUGCGAUAAUGACAAGUUUCUACUGUUUUUCUUCCGAUACAAACUCGUCCGAUCUGCUCUCACGCUCCACAAGCCCAAAUAUGGCAGCCCCAUACUUAGAAAGCAGCAUGCAUAUAUGCAGCAUCACACUACACAAUGUCACGCAAUGACCCAUUACACUGCCCCCCUCCAAGACGAAUUAUUCGUCUCGAAUAAUAGUGAUUUAUAACAACAACAAACAUAGGUGUCUAAACUGUUCGAGUGUUCCGAAAACAAACAUUUUAACUUCAUGCUCACCGAGAUAUGAUAAUUUAGUAUGAGAAAAUAGAAGGGAUUCCCGUAACGGAUAAAAAAGAUAAAAAGAGAAGUAAUUAGUUGGUUUAAUUAUUGGCUUGUAUUAAAUCUAUGUAAAAAUGAUAUUUUUUUUCAAUAGUAAGUAGAUUUACUGUGAAGCAUUUCUUGAUUUUUUUGCAAAGGCAGAAGAAGCACGAGAAUUGAUUAAAAAUCGUGAGUUAAACCUCUAUGUAUCACUCGAUCGCUUGUCUCACCGUACCAAAAUUAUCAUAUCCCGGCGAGCAUUCGGAAGUCAGCCAAGCGCGGUCAUUGCACGCGUGCUGAACAAGAACGUUGUAUCAUGACAGACUAGAAACAAUAGAAAACUCCCAAAGCACAAACUCAGCCAAAACGCUAAAAAUCUUCAAUGUUUUCUCACGUUUGGGCUUACAGAAGAUAAUGUCACAGUCUUUCAACGACCAUGAAAUUCACAACCGGGGUAGUUAGUUAAUCAAUUGUGGCCCUAAAAAAAAUUGAGGAAAAAAAAAACAACGAAUUUUUAGAAAAAUGCUUUUUCCGUGAGAAAGACUCUUAAACUCUGACAAACGUCAACAAAUUAUAGCUAAAAGUAAUUUAUAUAUGUUUGCAUUGUUCGAAAUCGCGCGCAUUUACCACGGCCCUAACUCUCUGUCAUAAAGAUCCCCAAAAUAAAGGGAUAAAUCUCAUAGUUUAUUACAUAUAAUCAUGUGAAGUUUGCUUAUCACUUUCAAAUAAUUUAGGACAUUUUAUGACCUAAAUUUUGAAACCGCUGAAUUUCUCGUAUUGGGUCUUUGCGAUUUUGGUGAAACUCUGUUUAACGCAAGGCACUAAUUCGCACUAUAUGUAUGUAGCCUGUUCCAGGCGUUCAGAUGAUGGGGAGCGGGCGAAAAAUUGACGUUUCUUUUUGCGCUCGCCGCGUACGAUUUAACUUGCUCCCCACUAUCUAAACACCUGGGACAGGCUACACUAUAUGUAGCCGAGAAAAUGCCGGCAACAACAGAAUUUCGACUCAGACCCUAAAGAGGAGUGGCACUAUAUUCACGUGACAUUUACUUCGAUCGCCAACAAUUUUAUGUUGUAUUGUAAAUUAAUCUAUAUGUUAUCCAUGCUAUAUGUUAGACUUAUUACGAUCAAAGGAAAGGUGGGGAUACCAGAGAGCUUCAAAGUAGGAUGGUACCCCCAAAAACUGGGUCGAGUCACCUUAAUUGAAAACUAGGAAAUAGAAAAUUUGCAUAUGGUCACCUAUUCAGUCAAAAUAAACGCCCGCCCCGCAGCUAAGCAUUUUCUCUUAUUAUAGCGUAACUGAUCUAACAAAUCUUUUCCUGAUCACUUGUCGGUUUUUACGUUUAUAUUUUCCUAAGCGCGUUGUUGAAUUUAUCAUCAUAGCGCGAACAGAGUCGAGGAUUCAUAUAGACUUCAAACAAGCCUGCGAAGUAGGUCAUCUAUCAAACAGAUGGUACUCGUAAUUUUAAAAGCAAUUUCUUAAGAUCUCUUAAUAACUUCCUUUUCAGCUGGUAUUUCGAUGAUAUUGUUCCCGGGGCAAGGUUGUGCGCCAAAUAAUUAAAGCAAGCAAUUAAUUAAGGGACAUUAAGGUCUGUAACCUGACAAAAUGUUAUCGAAGUAAUUCCAGAUAUGUCGGCGUCUGACAUAUAAUGUUCUAAAAUGUUCUGCAAUUGGUGUAGGAUUUAAUGAAGCCGAAACCAAUUGUGGAAUUGCACGCAUUUUAGGCAUCCUACUGAUGAACAGUUACGAAAAAUACAUAUAUUUUUUAGCAACUACUAUAAUUUGCAGUCUGUCCACUUUGAAUAUAAUCUUCACUUUGAAUAGACACAGUUGACUCCCGAGAACUCGAACCUCCCACUAACUCGAAGGAAUUUUUACUUUCCUUCUGGACAUCUCUACAUCAUUUUACCCUCGAUGACUCGAACUAUGUUAGUAGUGGUAGAGGGUCAGAAUUAACCCCCGUUGGUGGAUAGGUAAGGAUAGUUUAGGGAUAGUCUAUGACGUCACCCAUUGUCAUAACCUAGGGAAAAAAUGCCUUCCUCCAUACUAUGAAUAACUGUCUUCCUGCAUACUAAUUCGGUAUAGGUUUACUGAUGAGCGAAUACUACAAUAGGAACAAUAGGCUUGCCUAGGCUUCCCGUUAAGUAACUUGAGCCUGGUUUGAACGUCUAUUAAAAGGCAAAAAUAGGAAUAAGAGAAGCGAUCACCUAACAACGCGAGAAACGGCUUACGAUAUCUUAUUUAGCGCUAAAACUCGGAUAUUAAUAAACAAAACACAUACACCAAGUAGAACUGAAAACUCUCUAUUUCAAUGUUGUCUGACGUUUUCUCCUAUCUAUCUCAAGGAAAUGAAAAACUAUUACAGUCUCAGCGUUUCACGCACCGUUAUUUCCAUUCCUUACAAACCGCUGUGUAUUUGACUCUUUUUGUCAUUGUUUUUAAUAAAGUUUUAAAAACGGUAUCUCUCUUGUGGUUUUAUUACUAGCAAUUAUUAGUCGCGUGUUUUAAUCGAUCCUUGUUAAGUUAUUCAAAAUUGUUUAUAUAAUGACACGUCAAGGUGUUCCCUUGGGUCUUUCCUGUAGAGCUAAUCUGUAUUCAACUUUGGGCUUGCAAACUCGCAUAAUUAACUGACUAACGGUGCGUGAAACGCUGAGACUGUAAUAGUUUUUCAUUUCCUCAAGAUAGAUAGGAGAAAACGUCAGACAAAAUUGAAAAAGAGAGUUUUCAGUUCUACUUCGUGUAUGUGUUUUGUUUAUAACUUCCUUUUCAACUGGGAUUUCGAUGAUAUUGUUCCCAGGGCAAGGACGUGCGCCAAAUAAUUAACGCAAGCAAUUAAUUGAGGGAAAUUAAGGUCUGUAACCUGACAAAAUGUUAUUGAAGCAAUUCCAGAUAUGUCGGCGUCUGACAUAUAAUGUUCUAAAAUUGGUAUUGGAUUUAAUGGAGCCGAAACCAAUUGUGGAAACGCACACAUUUUAGGUAUCCUACUGAUGAACAGUUACGACACGUAGAUAUUAAUAUUUUUAGCAAUUACUAUAAUUUAAAGUCUGUCCACUUUAAAUAUUCAUCUUCACUUUGAAUAGAAUAUAUACAGUUGACUCCCACUAACUCGAAGUAAUUUUUACUUCCCUUCAGGACAUUUCUACAUCGUUAAAUACCCUCGAUGUCUCGAACUAUGUUUUAAGUGCCACUUGUAAACAAACUUUACUUCAUCCAUACUUUUACAUAAAUUAUGACCUAAAUUUGCAAACCACUGAAGUUCUCGUAUUGGGUCUUUGCGAUUUUGGUGAAACUCUGUUGAACACAAGGCACGAAUGCGCAUUAUAUGUAGCCGAGAGAUUUUCUCGAAACAAUGCCGGCAACAGCAGAAUUUCGACUCAGACUCCAAAGAGGCGUGGCACUAUAACCACGUGAUAUUUACUCCCAUCGCCAAAAAUUUUAUGCUAUGUUGUAGAUUGAUCUAUACGUUAUCCAUGCUAUAUGUUAGACUUAGGAUCAAGGUAAACGAGGGGAUACCAGAGAGUUUCAAAGUAGGAUGGUACCCUCACAAAAUAACUGGGUCGAGUCACCUUAAUUGAAAUUAGGAAAUAGGAAAUUUGCAUAUGGUCACCUUUUCAGAACAAAUCAACGCCCGCCCUGUAGCUAAGCAUUUUCUUCUUAUUAUAGCGUAACUGAUCUAACAAACCUAUUCCUGAUCAGUUAUAAUUUUUACGUGUAUUUUUUCCUAAGCGCGUUGUUGAAUUUAUCAUCAUAGCGCGAACAGAGAAGUCGACGAUUCAUAGACUUUAUUAAACAAGCCUGCCAAGUAGGUCAUCUAUCAAACAGAUGGUUCUCGUAAUUUUAAAAGCAAUUUCUUAAGAUCUCUUAAUAACUUCCUUUUCAGCUGAUAUUUCGAUGAUAUUGUUCCCGGGUCAAGGUUAUGCGCCAAAUAAUUAAAGCAAGCAAUUAAGUAAGGGAAAUUAUGGUCUGUAACUUGACAAAAUGUUAUCGAAACAAUUCCAGGAAUACGUCGGCGUCUGACAUAUAAUGUCCUAAAAUGUUCUGCAAUUGGUAUUAAGAUUUUAGGUAUCCUACUGAUGAACAGUUACGACAAAUACAUAUUAUUUUUAGCAACUACUGUAAUUUGAAGUCUGUCCACUUUGAAUAUAAUCUUCACUUUGAAUAGACACAGUUGACUCCCGAGAACUCGAACCUCCCACUAACUCGAAGUAAUUUUUACUUCCCUUCUGGACAUCUCUACAUCAUUUUACCCUCGAUGACUCGAACUAUGUUAAAAUAGUGAUAGAGGGUAAGAAUUAACCCCCGUUGGGGGAUAGGUAAGGAUAGUUUAGGGAUAGUCUAAGACGUCACCCAUUGUCAUAACCUAGGGAAAAAAUGCCUUCCUCCAUACUAAUUUGGUAUAGGUUUACUGAUGAGCGAAUACUACAAUAGGAACAAUAGGCCUGCCUAGGCUUCCCGUUAAGUAACUUGAGCCUGGUUUCAACGUCUAUUAAAAGGCAAAAAUAGGAAUAAGAGAAGCGAUCACCUAGCAACGCGAGAAACGGCUUACUAUAUCUUAUUUAGCGCUAAAACUCGGAUAUAAAUAAACAAAACACGUACAAAAAGUAGAACUGAAAACUCUCUAUAUCAAUGUUGUCUGACGUUUUCUCCUAUCUAUCUCGAGGAAUAAAAAACUAUUACAGUCUCAGCGUUUCACGCACCGUUAUUUCCAUUCCUUAUAAAUCGCUGUGUAUUUGUUGACUCUUUUUGUCAUUGUUUUUAAUAAAGUUUUAAAAACGGUAUCUCUCUUGUGGUUUUAUUGCUAGUAAUUAUUAGUCGCGUGUUUUACUCGAUCCUUGUUAAGUUAUUUAAAAUUGUUUAUAUAAUAAUACGUCAAGGUGUUCCCUUGGGUCUUUCCUGUAGAGCUAAUUUGUAUUCAACUUUGGGCUUGUGAACUCGCAUAAUUAACUGACUAACGGUGCGUGAAACGCUGAGACUGUAAUAGUUUUUCAUUUCCUCGAGAUAGAUAGGAGAAACCGUCAGACAAAAUUGAAAUAGAGAGUUUUCAGUUCUACUUCGUGUAUGUGUUUUGUUUAUAACUUCCUUUUCAACUGGGAUUUCGAUGAUAUUGUUCCCAGGGCAAGGACGUGCGCCAAAUAAUUAACGCAAGCAAUUAAUUGAGGGAAAUUAAGGUCUGUAACCUGACAAAAUGUUAUUGAAGCAAUUCCAGAUAUGUCGGCAUCUGACAUAUAAUGUUCUAAAAUGUUCUGCAAUUGGUGUAGGAUUUAAUGGAGCCGAAACCAAUUGUGGAAACGCACACAUUUUAGGUAUCCUACUGAUGAACAGUUACGACACGUAGAUAUUAAUAUUUUUAGCAACUACUAUAAUUUAAAGUCUGUCCACUUUAAAUAUAAUCUUCACUUUGAAUAGAAUACCGUUGACUCCCGAUAACUCGAACCUCCCACUAACUCGAAGUAAUUCUUACUUCCCUUCAGGACAGUUCUACAUCAUUUUACCCUCGAUGUUUCAAACUAUGUUUUAAGUCUCACUUGUAAACAAACUUUACUUCAUCCAUACUUUUACAUAAAUAAUGACCUAAAUUUGCAAACCGCUGAAUUUCUCGCCUUGGGUCUUUGCGAUUUUGGUGAAAAUCUGUUGAACACAAGGCACGAAUGCGCACUAUAUGUAGCCGAGAGAUUUUCACGAAAAAAUGCCGGCAACAGCAGAAUUUCGACUCAGACCCCAAAGAGGGGUGGCACUAUAACCAAGUGAUAUUUACUCCCAUCGCCAAAAAUUUUAUGCUAUGUUGUAGAUUGAUCUAUACGUUAUCCAUGCUAUAUGUUAGACUUAGGAUCAAAGUAAACGAGGGGAUACCAGAGAGUUUCAAAGUAGGAUGGUACCCCAACAAAAUAACUGGGUCGAGUCACCUUAAUUGCAAAUUAGGAAAUAGGAAAUUUGCAUAUGGUCACCUUUUCAGAACAAAUCAACGCCCUGCAGCUAAGCAUUUUCUUCUUAUUAUAGCGUAACUGAUCUAACAAACCUAUUCCUGAUCAGUUAUAAUUUUUACGUGUAUUUUUUCCUAAGCGCGUUGUUGAAUUUAUCAUCAUAGCGCGAACAGAGAAGUCGACGAUUCAUAGACUUUAUUAAACAAGCCUGCCAAGUAGGUCAUCUAUCAAACAGAUGGUUCUCGUAAUUCUAAAAGCAAUUUCUUAAGAUCUCUUUAUAACUUCCUUUUCAGCUGGUAUUUCGAUGGUAUUGUUCCCAGUGCAAAGUCCUGCGCCAAAUAAGCAAGCAAUAAAUUGAGGGAAAUGAAGGUUUGUAACCUGACAAAAUGUUAUCGAAGCAAUUCCAGAUAUGUCGGCGCCUGACAUAUAAUGUUCUAAAAUGUUCUGCAAUUGGUAUAGGAUUUAAUGGGACCGAAACCAAUUGUGGAAUUGCACACAUUUUAGGUAUCCUACUGAUGAACAGUUACGACACGUAGAUAUUAAUAUUUUUAGCAACUACUAGAAUUUGAAGUCUGUCCACUUUGAAUAUAAUCUUCACUUUGAAUCGAGACACUGUUCAACUCCCGAGAACUCGAACCUCCCACUAACUAGAAGUAAUUUUUACUUCCUUUCUGGACAUCUCUACAUCAUUUUACCCUCGAUGACUCGAACUAUGUUUUAAGUGCCACUUUAAAACCAACUUUCACCUCAUCCAAGUGAAAUGACAAAGAAUUUUCCCUUAUCGGUGUUUUGUCAUGGAAUUUGAAGAGUUCCUCUUAAAAAAUGAUACGCAUUUAACAAUGCAAAAAAAAUUGAAAACUUUGUUCACGAAUUUGUGAUGUUCUCACGGUGCACGUUUUCAGAAAAAAUAAUAAAUAAAAAUAACCUCUCAAUUUUCAGAUGAGUUCUCCCUAAUUGAACAUAUUGACUUAUGGGGUAAAUUGACUGAAAACAUAUAACGUUUGCUCAACUAAAACUACGCUCCCCGAAGUGGUAAUAUGUUGCAACUCGUAACUAAUUUAUAAAUUGGUUGGAGUUUAACGAAACAUUCGUUAAUAUAAUUGUACACCUGUCAACUUACUUUAUGUUUGUUACCACACGUUUCUGAUAGGUUGUGUUAAAUAAAAAAACGCAAUUUAUACAACAUAAAAACCUUGUGUGUCAUAGCGGAAAAGAACACUUUUUGUGAAGCAGUCAAAGUAAGGCAUCUCGUCUCCAAAGCAAGAAAAAUGGUGAACUCGACGGAAGGCGGAAACGUCACUGUGAUGAAGACACUGCUUUCUGCAAACAUACGUAGAGAGAUCAUUGCAAUAGCAUCUGCUAAUAUUCUUUUCUGCAUCACGGCAUCUCUGGGCAACAUUCUGAUCCUGAUUGCUCUUCGUAAAGCGACUUCUAUUCAUCCGCCGACAAAACUGUUGUUUCAAUGCCUGGCAAUCACUGAUCUUGGCGUUGGUCUUAUUUCCCAGCCACUCAUGGUCACCCUGAUGCUCCUGGCUUAUAACAUUGACAUCAAAAUUUGGUAUGUGUGUUACUAUCUAUUCUGGUCUUUAUCCACUACUUUUUGUGGAGUAUCGGUGUUUGCAUCAACUGCCCUGAGUGUUGACAGACUUCUCGCCCUGUUUUCGGGAUUAAGGUACAGACAAGUUGUAACUCUGAAGCGAGUUCGUGCAGUUCUUGCCAGUGGUUGUUUAACCGCUCUUUUGACUGUGUUGGUUUGGUAUUUUCGGGCAGAAAGCGCCAGGAGUAUAAACAUAAUUUUCUCUACACUUUCUCUCAUUAUCUCGUUGUUCUCUUACACGAAGAUCGUCCUUAGACUUAGGCAACAUCAGUCCAGUGUACGAGACAAUGUCCAGCAAGGACAUGCGAACAAAGGAGGAAUUCCACUGAACUUUGAACGAUAUAAGAGGACUGUUGUAAGCAUAGCUUUGGUGCAGCUGGCAUUAAUUGCAUGCUAUCUCCCAUUUGUUAUCUGUCAUAUAUUAUAUGACCUGAAUAGAUUUCCCUCUCGCUUUAACUUUCUUUUGGAUGUUACUGUAACUCUCCUUUUCAUAAACUCGUCUUUAAACCCGUUUCUGUACUGCUGGAGGAUAAAAGAAAUAAGACAAGCAGUGAAAGCCACAAUCAAAAGGUUUUGCUCCUGUCCAAGUCGAGGAACAUCGACUCUAUCAUGUACGAAUCAGUAAAAUAUUGGAUGUGUAGCAGCAGCUCAUUCUGUCUUGAAAAAGUAGUGUCAAAAACCAAUAACUGAAGCUAAUAGCUUGAAAGAUGGCUAAAAAUCAAUAAAAACAAUCAUGCUUUAAAGGUUUAUCGAUAUUUGAGAAAAAUGAUAAUAAAUAAAAAGUAACUUUUCACCAUGUUUUAGCUAUCAGCGUCAUAUUCCUCGUAUUAAGAAUAUGUGCCCAUUUUAUCAAAAGUGGUGUUUUUUAAACGUUUGGUUUCUUUACUGCUUAACGUUAAUCUGGGUUUUUUUGGAUUUUGCUCUGGAUUUCAUUUUAUUAACCCUAUUCAGACCCUCCUCCCCUUGCUAAAAAGUUGAAUAACUUCAAAACCGUUCAAGCUAUGACCACCAAACCUCAGCGAUUUUUCCUAAAAUUUAUCUGGACUGGAUAAUAGACUCGAAAUUAAGAUAAGGAGGGAAACAAACCAAUGUGCACAUUUGAAAGUAUUCAAUUCGAUAACGUCUAUACUUAGUGGUUCUUUGCUUAUCUGAUUCCUAGUCGAAUGGGAAUUUAAAACAUCUUGUCCCCAAGGCCAGGCGCUUUUCCCUGGCUUUGGAGGUGGAGCACCCCACCUCCAAAGCCAGGGAAAUUAACAAAGGGUUUUGCAAUGUCAUCAACGUCUGCUACUUUAUUUGCUGUUUUGCCAGGUUGAUAAUAACUUCAAAACCGUUCAAGCUAUGACCACCAAACCUCAGCGAUUUUUCCUAAAAUUUAUCUGGACUGGAUAAUAGACUCGAAAUUAAGAUAAGGAGGGAAACAAACCAAUGUGCACAUUUGAAAGUAUUCAAUUCGAUAACGUCUAUACUUAGUGGUUCUUUGCUUAUCUGAUUCCUAGUCGAAUGGGAAUUUAAAACAUCUUGUCCCCAAGGCCAGGCGCUUUUCCCUGGCUUUGGAGGUGGAGCACCCCACCUCCAAAGCCAGGGAAAUUAACAAAGGGUUUUGCAAUGUCAUCAACAUCUGCUACUUUAUUUGCUGUUUUGCCAUCUUUGCCGGCACUGAUCUGAAAAUUUGGGGCCGACAUUUUGUUUUUGAGCUUAAGGUAGACCACGCAGCUACAAAUUUUCUACCUUGAGUACGGUUAUUUCGAGAUUAUGGCUGCAAAUAAAUGAUUUUUAAUUACCGCUUUGAUCAAACAAAAGGUGGAGAGUUAUGGCUGUGUUACCUUAAAAUAGAUUCUAUGCGUUCUCUCGCAUCUUGGCGGAUUUUAUUUUACUCUCCAGGGAUGGGACAUAUACAAAUACUAAAAAGAAUUUCUACUUCUGACUGUCCCCUCCCUGGUCAUGAACGAGCGAAGAAGACACGAUUCCAUCGCACUUUGUAAUACCUGUCGCAAUUUGUAAUAAACCGUGUCGCACUUUGUAAUAAAAAAGCUGUCGCAAUUUGUAACAACCGUCCAUCGCACUUUGUAAUAAACUAACCUGUCGCAAUUUGUAAUAAUUCCAUCGCACGUUGUAAUAUUUUUUCGAGAGUGAUUCAUCUUACUCCGUCAACAUUAAUAUAAUGCCAAAAUAUGAAUCAGGUACUUCAUAAACGAAGGUGAUGAAGUCUGCAAGCACGUAAAUUACAAAUUGCUUAUAUAUAAUUUACAACGUAUCUCCGCUCAUUCACGCCAUUUAACUUUAUUCACGGUCCUAAAUAUAAUUUUUUUAAAAUUAAUGUUGAUUAGUUAUCUGACUUACGAAAUUCUGUAUCCUGAAACCUUGCUAUUGUACUAGAUGGUUCGCAUGCAAUGGUUACCCAGGGGGCGUACUCCCUUAUUUGGCCAGUACGGGGAUGUGCCACUGGACAGAGCAUUGUCAGAGUACAGAAUGUAGACACACAAGACACAAACUAGUCAUUGUUAAAAGGCAUUUAAUUUCCACAAAUCGUAACAUCCAUCUUUACAUCAUUUGAAUAAGGACACCAGGAAAGUUCAAGCUUUCGUUUUUAGAUCUUAUAACAGGUCGACAAAACAGCGUCCUUGUCUAACGCGCAAUCUUAAAAGAAGUAAUAGCUGUUUCCAUAUUUUGGAAAACUUAAUCGGACUAGGCCUGGAAAAAUUCAAAAUGUUAACUGCAAAUAAACAAAAACGUCAUCAGUGGCAAAUCUUCGAACCACAACAGAAACAUAAACACAAAAUCCAUUAUGUAUAUAUGUACGUGCUGUUUUUGUAA